ACUUUUGCAUCUGAUAUUUAUAGUGUUGGUAUACUUAUGUGGGAAAUUUCAUCAGGACAACCACCAUUUGUUAAUUGUGAGCAUAAUUAUGAUCUUGCAAUGAAAAUAGUAAAUGGAAUGAGACCAAAAAUAGUAUCAGGAACUCCUUCAGAAUAUAAGAAAUUAAUGGAACAGUGUUGGGAUGCUGAUUUGACAAAAAGACCU